CGGCUAUUAGGAGGUCCAGCCGGUGCUAUAGAACAGGGCCCCCAAUUUUUUGGGCCCAAAACAUAAAAUUUGCUGGAAAUUAAAACUUAAAAAAAAAUAAAGAAAACUAAACGUGUGCUUCUUCUUCACCGUAACUUGUAUUAUUAUUGGAACAAGCAAAGCAAACCUCUUCAAUUUCUCUCUCUUCCCCAUAAUUUGAUUUCCCAAAAAUUAAUUCUCUUGAUUUUCUCUCCUAAAACACUCUAAUUAACUGAAUUUAUGCGUUCUUCCCCUAUUUUUCUACAAUUAUGGAAAAAUACUUUCCAUCUUCUCCUUCAAAUCUAUCAGUCAAUUUAAUUCUUUUUUCUUAAACAACAACCUAAAACUAAGGUGUUGAACCAUCGGAAUGCAAGAUCUGUCAAGUAUCAAAUACCCCUAAUUUCGAUUUUUCCAAAGGGAGAAAACGGGUUCAAGAUCUCAAGUUCAUCUGUAUUUUUGGGGUUUGACGAGCGUUCAAUCAACAUCCAAGUUAUGUCUAUGUAACAUUUUUACUUUUAAUGAUUUUUAAUUCAAGUUAUGUCCAUCUUACAUUUGUUCUUUUAAUGAUUUUAUGUAAUUGUUGUUUGAUUUAUAAAUUUUUGUGAGAUUGAAAGUGUAAUCCUGUACAUGUUGUUUGUAAACCUGUAAUGCAAUAUUAAUAUGUUCGGUUAAUUGUGUUUUGAAAAAAGAAUUAGGGGCCUCAUAGGGGCUUCGAUUUUAAAGUUAGCACAGGGCCACCAAAUUGUUGGAGCCGGCCCUGACGCCAUCAACUCAAUAAAAGCGAUAUCCUAACCUUCGGGCUAAGCUACACUGCAUCCCCAGCACACAAACAUACCAUACACCUCACCACUUACAACACGCCACGUCAUCGGACUAGGGCAAAACAGUCCAUUAACACCAAACACAAAAUCCAAUCAAGAAUAAUCUGUAACGUGGCAGCAUCUGAUUCAACUCUAAUUCAGUACCCAAAUCAUACAGUCUGCUCUGCUGGCGCAUCAGAAAAUGAAGCGCGCGAUUUCUUUCCAAAAAUACUCUCGUCGUAAUUAUUUUUUGUCAGUAAAAAAUAAAUAGAAAAGUUGAAGUUCCUAAAUUUUCUGAAUUUGUGGUUUUUGUCUGAAUUUUCUCAUUCAGACUGAAAUUUCCAGCAAACAAAUUCAAUUCAAACACAUUUAUAUAUCUUUUUUCGCCGAGAUAUCUGUUUUUGAGUCGAAUUCGAAGAAAUUACAUUGAUUUUUGUAAUAACUCCACAAUUUUUAUUGAAUUUUUUGAGAGAGCUGAAGAUGGGAAUUGAAGAAAAUGGGUUGGAGAAGGUGGGAUUGAAUAGAACUAACAAGAAGAAUAAAUAUAGGAGAAUGGAUUCGCCAGAUUUAAGAGAAGAAUUAGAUGAGAUUUCAGAAUACGAGGCACAAAUUCUCAGGAAAAGCAGUACCAGGAAAUUUGUUAUGGCUUCUGCUGUUUUUGCCUCUCUCAAUUCUGUGCUCCUUGGUUAUGAUGUUGGGGUGAUGAGUGGGGCAGUAAUAUUCAUUAAAGAGGACUUGAAAAUAUCAGAUGUUCAAAUAGAAGUCCUCAUCGGAAUCCUAAGCAUAAUCUCAUUAUUAGGCAGUUUAGCUGGUGGAAAAACCUCUGACACUAUAGGUAGGAAAUGGACAAUGGCAUUAGCAGCUGCAAUUUUUCAAGUAGGGGCAGCUAUAAUGGCAUUAGCACCAAAUUUUGGGGUAUUACUUACAGGAAGGCUUUUUGCCGGGGUAGGAAUUGGGUUUGGUAUCAUGAUAGCUCCUGUCUAUAUAGCUGAGAUAGCACCAGCAAUUACAAGAGGGUGCUUAACAUCCUUUCCUGAAAUCUCUAUAAACUUUGGGAUUCUUUUGGGUUACAUCUCGAAUUAUGUAUUUUCGGGAUUACCUGCUCAUAUAAACUGGAGAAUCAUGCUUGGUGUUGGGAUUCUACCUUCUAUUUUCAUCGGUGGUGCACUCUUCAUCAUCCCUGAAUCUCCUAGAUGGCUGGUAAUGCAAAACCGUAUUGACGAAGCAAAGGUUGUUCUUCAGAAAACUAUUGAUAAUGAAAGGGAAGUUGAAGAGAAAUUAGCAGAUAUACAGCAAGCUGCAGGUACCACCAACAAUGCUGAUAAGUACGAACCAAAGGCAGUUUGGCAGGAGCUCUUACAUCCAACUCCAUCUGUGAAGAAGAUGUUAAUUGCUGGGUGUGGAAUUCAGAUUUUCCAGCAGAUAACAGGUAUUGAUGCUGUUGUAUAUUACAGCCCGACAAUAUUCAAAGAUGCUGGAAUAAGCAGCAACACAGAGCUUCUUGCAGCCACAGUAGCAGUUGGAUUCACAAAAACUUUUUCAAUCUUAAUUGCUAUCUUUCUCAUUGAUCAUCUAGGGAGAAAGCCUUUGCUUUAUGUGAGCACAAUUGGAAUGACAAUUUGUUUGGUUGGGCUCGGGCUAAGCUUAGCCUUACUAGGGCAUGAACCAAUUGGUAUAAAACUAGCUAUAUUGUUUGUUUGUGCAAAUGUGGCCUUCUUUUCUGUAGGGAUUGGGCCAGUUUGUUGGGUUUUGAGUUCGGAGAUUUUCCCUCUUAGACUUCGAGCUCAGGCAUCGGGUCUUGGGGCUGUUGGAAGUAGGGUUAGCAGUGGCCUAAUCUCGAUGUCAUUUCUUACAGUUUCCCAUGCAAUCACAGUGGCUGGAACUUUCUUUGUAUUUGCUGUGAUAUCAGUAUUGUCUGUUGUAUUUGUGUAUAAGUGUGUACCUGAAACAAGAGGGAAAUCUUUGGAAGAGAUUGAGGUUAUGUUUGAUGAAGAUAUACUCCUACAAUCAAGUGAAAUGGAGCUUGCAGAUACCGCGAGUCUUGUGCCAAAAGAACCGAAUGGAGCAUAGUUUUUCGCUCCAUAUCAGAGACGAACAUUUGCUUGCAGUGGCUACAUAGUCUAAAGCAUAAACAGGAAGCAGGGGACUACAUAGUCUUGCUGUUAAACAUGGCAAAAUAAGGGAGGGUGCUUCAUUAAGGGAGUGUUUGGUCUGGUGUAAAACGUUUUUAUUGGUGGGUGUAAUGUGAGAUGGUUUGAUGUGGUUUCGUCCAAAGAGAAUUAGAGAAUUAAUUUCAUGUAUCAUACAUUCUUUCUAUGAUAAACGGAAUUCUUGAUUUUGUUGGAUAAAA